AUGGCGGAUUUUUGCGGAUAUAAAGUCGAAAUAAAGUCAAAUCAGCUAGGCACAGUUGUUGGAACUGUGAAGGCUUACAACGACAAUCAGAUUGAUCUUGUCGACACCACUGUCAAUGGUCGUGGUAUCUUCGAGGAGCUUUACUCCGUUCAGAAGCGUUUUAUUGACCAUUUGAAAAUCAUUUCAACAACUCGCUCCUCGUGUACUCAGAAUAAGUCUACUGGUAACAUUCACCAGACUCUCUCGUCUCGUGAUCUUCGUCGUGAGAAAUUGCGCAAUAUUCCUGGCGCGUGUACUGCUUAUGUGUGCGAUCGGUCGCCUCCCCGCAUUGCCAAGACCCCUCAGGUUCAGCAAAAACCUCAUAAACAGAAGAAGCUUGAGAAUGGGCUGGAGAAGUCAAUAAAGCGCAUAAAUUCUGGUAGGGAUGGUGGUGGUGGUCUUUCCCGCACAUCGAGUACCGGGGCAGCGGAUCGUCAGAGUUGUCGUUCCAAAUCAAGUGAAGCUCUUGAUUGCGACCCUGUAUCUGGUUUUGAGAGCGACUCAGCGGCCUCUAGGUUGCAAAAGGGCAAUCAAAGGCGUACAAGAUUUCGGGGGAAACAUAAUUCUUUUGCGAGCAACGGAUGGGAUUCCUUGCGAAUUGAAGAUUUUAUUGAUACGGAUUUCGAUUUCGAGGCUAAUUUGGCUUUGUUCGAUAAGCAAGCCUUCUAUGAGAAAACGGAUGCCAGGGAGGGCGGAAAUGCCAAGAUUGGUGGACGCUUGAACAAUUACUAUCACGGUGGAGAGCAGGUUCUGGUGGAGGGUCCUGAUGGAGUCAGCUUCGAGCCUCUUCUCGAGUCAAAGAUGAAGACAUCUACACCGUCGAAGGCUUGGGAAACUCCAGCAAUUACUCCUACUACGUGGUACUCUACUACUGGCCAAAAGGUACCCAUUCUUGCCCCUAGCGCCCACGAGCGUGUCUUGCAUUUCCUGGCCACUGGCCAGGAUUCAGCGGGUAUGGUGCCGCCUCUCCCCAUGGGGCUAACGUGGGAUCGCCUUAUCGAAAUGGCUGGUUUGGCAGUUGCCAAUAGUGCUAUCGCCUUUCUUAAACACUCGCCCAAUCUGUUAAGCAACCGUCACCGUUUUGACUAUCAAAGUGAUGUUUUCGUCAACUUCUCUAUUUGUAUUGCUUUGGUUGGUUUUGCUAGACUGGGUCAAAAACAGAGACCGAUGCAACAACAGCAUCAAUCUGCACAGCCGCCACUACGAGUUCUCGUGCUGCCUGGACGCCGAAAUGUGUUCGGAACCCUGGCCGUGAAUGUUGCCCGUCACUUAGCGGCUCGAGGUGCUGCUUGUGUUCUCCUCCAUGCUCCCCCCUCUGCAUCAGUUGAUAAACUGAGUUCAUUUCCCCCUUACGAUGUUGAGUUAACGCUAGCCCAAACUCUGGCCCCUCGAGCUACCACUCUCCUCUCCUCCGAAGUGAAGGAAUGCGGUGCGGACGACGACGAAGAGGACGAAGGCGAUAGCAGGGAUGGUGAACUUACCAGUUCCGCAGGUCGGAUGUGGAUCAGUAGAAUUCCCGGCCUCGCGGUGGUCUCCAAAACCACAGGUAUCACUCGUCGACCAAGCAAUGUUCUUGUUGAUCUAUUAGUAUUGGGCCAACCGCUAGAGCAGUAUCCCAUAGAGAUGCGCCAAUGGUUGGUCAGCCACAAGGCUAUUUGCCUAGCUAUCCAGCUGGGUAGAUUCAACGUCCCUCUAAAAACCGAUUCUGUGGGUCCAUCGCAGGCCCUAAAAACUUGGGCUAUACAACUGGGAAUGCCGGUGUUGGCGCCAGCUCAGGUACCGGAAUCGGUGGAGAUUCACUUGGUCGAUGUUGGAAUGAGCAGAGCGAUUGUUGGUAGAGUUACAGGUGAUCUGCGAGCACUGCCGCCACCAGCUCUUUUUGACGCAACGUCGUGUGUCCAAUUGGCAACCGAAGGCAGCUCUUUGUAA